ACAGAAGCGGAGGAGGAAUGUAAAACCUCCAUCCAGAGCCGAGAGCAGCAGCCUUUGCGCAGACAGUCUGCGCUGCCUUCAACAGACGCACCGCCGGAGGAGGGAGGAAGUUCAUCGUCAUCGUCGUCGUCGUCGUUGUUGUCGUUUCUCGCCCCGCAGCCGAGCGAUCCGAACCCGCGAAGAGUCUGCGAGCAGCAGGGAGAGACCCCGCCGGACUCGCGUCGGCACCACGGAUUAAAACAUGGUGAUCAAAGUGUACAUCGCCACGUCCUCCGGAUCCACUUCGAUUAAAAAGCAGCAGCAGGACGUGAUGGGCUUCCUGGCGGCCAAUAAGAUCGUGUUCGAGGAGUGCGACAUCGCGGCCAACGAGGGCAACAGGAAGUGGAUGAGGGAGAACGUCCCGGAGGAGGCCAGGCCGACCACGGGGAACCCUCUCCCCCCACAGAUAUUCAACGAUAGCCAAUAUUGCGGGAACUACGAGGCCUUCUUCGACGCUAGAGAAGACAACGCUGUGUAUGCCUUCCUGGGUCUGACCGCUCCGCCCGGCUCAAAGGAGGCCGAGGCUCUAGCGAAGAAAGCCCAGCAGUAGCAGCUUUACACCGUUUUGUACCUGAGACCUAAACCCGGAUCUGAACCCAGGCGGACCAAGAACUACAAUACAAGCAAUACAAUCUCACUCGGCUUAUUAAUAUGUCAUUUACUUACUUGUUUCCCUAUUAAUCUGUGUUCUGCUGUGCCUUGUCAGCUGUAGCAAAAGGAGUUGCUAAGGCAGAGCAUUAUGGGUACAGCUCUGCUACCUCUCUUUAACCUCGACCCGACAAACCUAUUGGCCUAACGACAUGUCAAUCAACCACCACAAAAAGCUUCCCUUUUGAGAACACAUAGUCAGACACAUCUAAAUGUACAAUACUUUUGAAAGUUGUUUUUACAGAUGCAUCAUUUGGCCAACAGGACAUCAUCCAUAAUACAUAAUGCAUUUCACUGGACGGGUUCUGUUAGAAAACCUCUAAUCUGUCAAAUCCUGGAAACACGUUUAGCUCCUGCCAAUCACGUCAUCGCCAAACCUGCAGCACCUUCUGUGAAAGUGAUUGACUACAAUCCCAUUCUGUUUUUAUUUACCUCAUAUGGUCUUAAUGCUGUUUUAAUAGCAAACCUUUUUCUAAGAGAUGAUAUAUGUUUAAAAAAAAGACAAUGCAUGCCAAAAGUACAAGUCUGCACACACAGAGGGAUGUGAAAUUGAGUUUUUCUUUUUCUUUUUUAUUUCCUGUUUGUGUUUUUCGGGGAGUUGGAUCGCUGUUUGGUUUCGCCAUCGGCAUCCUGUUUCACAUUGCGUUGGUAAUCCCGGUGUUACACAAUCUUCUUUGAAAUAAAAUAAAAAUGAGACUGCCAAUAAAACUGCA